AUGUCCUUCGCCCAAGUGUACGACCCAGAAACCGUCUGGUUCCCUCUAGAUGAGCCCAAACUACGUUUGUCCGUGUCGACGGAAGAAUACAAGCCUACUGCCGGCCUGAAGGUCCCUUUCGACAUGUACGCAGAGCGAUUUGACCUGUCUAGGCUGCUGGAAGGAGGCAUCGGGCCUGAAACCUAUUCUCCGCAAGUGGGUCUUUACGUAUCGCAACUGAAUCUUGUGGGCGCACUGCCUUUGGGAGUGGCCAUCUCCGGUGUUAAUGGGAGCGACAGCAGGAUGGAUGGUUAUGACGGAGGCAGCCUAUCGGUCUUUUGCGACGAGCUCUUGCCAGAGGUUGCUAAGCAUAUUACAUUUCAGGCUCGGGGAGGCGAUGGGUUCUCGCCACCGAAUCAAGUGGGCGUCCCCGGACGAAAUGCGGGUAACGGGGGCAAGGGCGGACAAGUCACCGUCCUCUUCAACACGUUGUUCUCGCCGGCGGCCGAAACCGCCUUGGAUAUCUAUUUCAACACGAGGGACCCAAACAAGAAGUGGCCCGGCGAUUUCAAGGACGAUGCAGUCAGGUUUGUGGCCCUGCUGGAUAACCCUGCGGUGAUUGUCUCGGGAUUCCUCGUCACUCUGCCCGACUUGAUGAAAACUGUUGAGGGUUUCUUGGAGUCGGACCUGAGUGAGGUCCGCUACCAAACGUCCCAUCUCGGGAAUCUCUUGGGGCAAGAUUCCUAUGCCAUACAGGGAGACGUAGUCCAGAGAACGGAUGUGGAAGGGGGGGAUCGAGGGCUUGGGUCAACUGGGGAAGGGGUGACAGGCAAGGAUGGCCAGACGGGCCAAUAUGGAGAGCGGCAGGCGGUCUUUCUCCAAGCUCGUGAACUUGUUCUCCAGGGUGAGGUGUGUUUUGCACAUCCUAUGCAAUGUCAGAUGCUGCUUGACAAGGCAAAUUUCCUCACUUUCACCGGAACAUUAGAGGAUAAGGCCUCGGCGGUCAUUCUUCUGGAUCGCUUGACGCGCCGCCUCGAAGUCUUUGCACAUGAGCCGCCUGCUCCUUACCCCCCUCUCUGGGCCGCCUAUCGAAGCAACGCUUCCCGGCUCUACACCAUUGAAAGUGGCUCCUCAGCCGCCGAGCCAUAUGCGAUCCAACGUCUUCGGGCAAUCCGGCGAUCGGCGGAGGUGAUGAAGCAGCAGAUCCUCUCCGGCAAGGACUUUAUUGGGAAGGGUAGAGACGAAGUGCCCCGGGGCUCCUUCACCUUCUACCAGAACACCACCCAGUCUCUCCUGAAUACAUUGAGGGACUUCGAGGAAACUUAUUUCGAUUACCUCAAGGCGUCCACGGAUGCUGCCGCCAAGUUGGCCAAUGUACAGAUGAGAUCAGAAGUGCUGGCGUACACUACAAACCAGAAUGAUCAGCUAAUAGACGAGGGCAAACUGGACCUAGGUCAAACUACCCGGACAAUCGGAUAUGCUGUCGACUCGAUUGCCAGAGCAAAGAAGGAGCUGCUGGAUUCAAUGCUUCAUCUGGAUGACUUUGUGCAGAAACAAUUCGGGGUCACUUUUCAGGAUUUUGUUUCCGCGUUUACCUGCGUGUUGUUCACCAACGGCAGCAAACCGAUGAUAGGGCUCCAGACACUCGGCCUGUUCGACAUGGGCACUGAGAAGGUGCUAACUGAUGAUGGUGUGGCCAUAAACAAGUCCUACCUCCUCCAAAAGCUACACGACAUCGAAGGCGGUAUCAAAGACCUCACGGAAGGGUACAUCGUCCUCCGUGACGGCCACAUCGAUCUAGACGACCCGGGGGCUGAGAAGAUCCUUGUCGCGGAGCAGAUGUGGGACUCUCUCGUCAGCGAAUUUCGGAACGCGAUGGAUGCCGAGGAUUACAAGGAGGUGAAGAAGAAUUUCCAGACAUUCUACGACACCGUUCAAGAGCGGAACUCGGCGGUCCUGCACUACAAUGCAAUCCUGACUCUUCUCGUCCAAUUCUACGAAAAGCGGGAGCAGCUCCGACUGGACCGGUUGGACGUUAUUCGUGACGAAUACAACUCUCUCGAUGCCGGGCAUCCCGCCAUGACAAGCUUCCUGAAGAAAACCUACGACCACAGCAUAUACACAGCCCAGGUAUGGUUGUACAAGCAGCAACAGGCUCUCGCAUUUCUGUCUUUAAGCCAGGACAACAUCAUCGGAGAUACAUUGAGUGGUUUGCCAUCCUCCGCCCUGGACCAUGGCCUACUACAGCAGAUACAAGGAACACUCCAAAUUCGGCGUCAGGAAUAUCUAGAGGCGGUAGGACAACCACCACAGGAGAUGCGCAACGUUAGAGUCUACCUUGACGAAGACACGAUUGAAUUCAUUCAGUUCACACUUCCCACCGAGGAUCUGUCCCUGAGGAACGUCGAGGUGAAGACGGAUAAUCCGAUCUUCCAUGACAUGUAUGAUGUGCGCCUCUCAGCCGUGCGAUUUUACCUGGAGCUGAAAAAGGACGACUCUCCGGCAGAAACGAAAGCAACAUUCUCACAGCCACUCAUCCUACAAGCCAAAAUAUCUCACACGGGGACAGAAACCUUGCUGGACAGUUUCGAAGUCCCUGUGAAGUUUACGCACAACCCACUCAAGGUGCUCUUCAAGUACAUUAUGCCCGAAAAGGAUGGCGACUCCGGCACGAUUUUAACAGACGGCACGAUCUCAUCAGAGAAUGAUGACAUCUAUGCCAGAGUAGGGCCGUUCACGAAAUGGAGUGUCGAUGUCUUGCGGGUAGACAACCCCAAUCUGGACUGCACAAAGGUAGAGAAGGCAUAUUUGGAAUUUGACUUUCAGUAUCGGGCCUCCCACCUGCUUGUGAAGGGUCAUUCCGCCUAG